AUUGCACUUGAUAUCCCUUGAAGCACUUGAAGUUUACACAAUUUACGAUAGGGCGUAGAACACCUUUUAACCCGGAAGGUAUGUGUCUUUAGAAAAAGCAUGAGCAUGUAACUAGCUAGCUAUAUCUGAGUGGUUGCAUUGGAUAUGAGGGGAUCUGUACACUUUAACCACAAUCGCUAAUGCAACAUUAGCCAUUGUCUACAUCCGGUACCAUUCGCUUUUGCUCAUUGUUUUUCGUCGGAGAGUUAAAAUAGGUACUCCCGGUUACCAGCUGAGUACUGUGCAGACGUGUCGAAAACAGAGGUGUGUAUGAGUAAUCGGCAACGUUAGCUAAUCAACGUACCACUUUUUAUUGAGAGGUACAGUUUUCCUUAUUCUUAAAAACAGGGGCCAUGGCUACGGUUGAAGAGUUGAAGUUGCGAGUCCGGGAAUUGGAAAAUGAACUGAUUAAAUGUAAGCAGAAGCGAUGCGCCGAAGAAAAUGCCGGUGGCAGCCAGAAGCAUUAUAGACAGAGGAUUGAGAAGAUGAGUGCUGAAGUAGUCGAUUCAAAUCCUUACAGUCGUCUCAUGGCGUUAAAGCGGAUGGGCAUUGUCGAAGAUUAUGAGAGAAUUCGCACAUUUUCUGUGGCUGUGGUUGGAGUCGGGGGAGUUGGAAGUGUGACUGCUGAAAUGCUCACAAGAUGUGGCAUUGGUAAGCUGAUCCUGUUCGAUUAUGACAAAGUGGAACUGGCAAACAUGAACCGGCUUUUCUUCCAGCCGCACCAAGCUGGGCUCAGCAAAGUGGAGGCUGCAGAACAUACGUUGAGGAGCAUUAAUCCAGAUGUAUCAUUUGAGACUCACAACUACAACAUCACCACAAUGGAAAAUUUUUCACAUUUCAUGGAUCGCAUAAGUCAUGGGGGACUUGAGGAAGCAAAGCCUGUCGACCUGGUGUUAAGCUGUGUGGACAAUUUUGAAGCUCGCAUGGCCAUAAACACAGCGUGUAAUGAACUGGGCCAGAUCUGGAUGGAGUCUGGAGUGAGCGAGAAUGCUGUGUCUGGGCAUAUCCAGCUCAUCAUUCCCGGGGAGACGGCCUGCUUUGCAUGCGCUCCUCCCCUGGUGGUGGCAGCCAACAUCGAUGAGAAGACCCUGAAGAGAGAGGGAGUGUGUGCAGCCAGCCUGCCAACCACCAUGGGUGUGGUGGCAGGACUUCUAGUGCAGAAUGUCUUGAAGUAUCUCCUGGGCUUCGGAUCAGUCAGUCACUAUCUGGGCUACAAUGCCAUGCAGGACUUCUUCCCCACUAUGUCCAUGAAGGCAAACCCUCAGUGUGAUGACCACUACUGCAGGAAACAGCAGGAGGAGUACAAGAGGAAAGAAGCAGAGAGGCCAAAACAGGAAGUUGUGGAAGAGGAGGAGGUGCAGGUUGUGCAUGAGGACAAUGAGUGGGGGAUAGAGCUGGUCUCUGAAGUAACAGAAGAAGAGCUUAAGGCUGCCUCAGGCCCUAAACCAGACUUACCGGAGGGUAUCACUGUGGCUUACACCAUUCCUGAAAAGGAGGUGAACACACCUGCUGAGGAGAUGGUGGAGGAGACGGAACAAAGUCUUGAAGAGCUCAUGGCUCAAAUGAAGAGGAUGUAACUGCAUCAACAGAAGAGCUAUUCCUUCAACCUUCAGCACGAAACGCCAUUGCAACAGAAAAGCAAAAGAACUUGCUUUUUAUUCAUCACCUUACAUUAUAUGACUUCCUUAUCCAGGGUAACCUAGUGAUCACAGGUUGCAUCUGAUGCAUUCUGCAUUGCUGCAGUACAUGGGGAACUUGCUCCAAGGAUGCACCAUUGUAUGAGAAUUAAAUAUCUGAGGACAAGCACUCCUAAAUCAGUGCAACAUGUUUAAUGAGCAGGGGAAAUUCUUCAGUUUUUGGAGUAUGUACAAUUUGGAUGCCUAUCAUGCCACCUCAUUAAUAUCGCAUUUCUUUUUGUAAUAUGGCAUUUGCCUGAAAUCAACUGGACUGUAUAAUGUUACAUUUAAAGCUGUAAUGUAUUCUAAUGACUUGACGUUUAAUGGAUUAUAUGUAUUAGCACUUAAGGUAACCUGCUUUUGCUGUUGAUUUGUGGAGGGAGGGUGUACAAUAGAUGGACUUAAUUACUGUGAGGUUAAUUCUCACUGUAAUUUGUGUUAUUGACAAUGGUUUCUCUAACUUUACUGGUAAUUUUGCCCUGGAUAAAGGAAGAAAAGAUCACUGAAGAAGAAAUAUGCUUGCACUUCAGUGGUUUUCUUUGGUGCAUUUGCUUACUGCUCAGCAGUUCUUAAACUACCAUCAGGAUAUUAAUGAACUUUGCCUGUACAGGAAUGGACACGUAUUGAGGUUUCAAUAAAGUAUUUAUUAGCUGGAGUACACAAAGAUACACCAUCUUCACAUUCACAAAACGGACAUGAUUUUAAAUGAGCAUGCUGUACGUCACUGACAUACUGCUUCUUGCUUUUCUUCAUUGGUAAGAUAAGAGAAAUGCAAAAUACUUUCUGGUUUUCCUCUUUCGGCAACACAUCUCGGGUAUAUUUCAAUAACAUGGCUGUGGAAUCAACCAAGACUUAGUAAGUUAACAGCUUUAGUGUUAAUCCACACUUCUACUCUCAUCUGAACUGAGGAGUAGAGCCUACAUUGCACAAGUCCUUCACUGAAUAAAACACUUGACACAUUUGACCUACUUGACAUUGUUUGGCAGACACACAAUUGCUUCACUUCCAAGAAUACAUGAUGAUUUUUGCAUGAUGAAUUGUAUUUGUAAAUAAAAGCAGGUUUUAGGCACA